UUUCACGGGAGAAGGGUUUUCUAUGUAUGUCAUAUGCAAUACACAUCAUGCAAUAAUCGCUUCAUAAAUAAAAUAUCUAUAAGUAACUGAAAAAAUAGAAAAGAUUUAACUAAAACAACUGUAGAUUUUUGAAAAAGAACCGAGCAUCUUCUUAAUCCAGAUGCAAUCGUGCAUCACAAUAUAUAGAGUGUGUUGAAAAUUGUGCGCCGUAGAUAACGUUUACGUUGUCAUAUAUAAAAAUUUGUUUACACGAGUAGCAACGAGGUGAUAAUAUCGUCAAGGAAGUUGAGAUAAGGGUAGUGAAAUAAUCAUCGAGGACGGAGGGUUGCAUAGUGUGAAUUCGAGCUCAACCGUCGGAACGGAAUACACAGAUAAAACGGGAUGAUAAAGUUUCUGAAAUGAGAGAGACAAAAUGUGAGAGAGGAGACAAUAUUUGUUGGCGCGGGGGUGCAAAAAUCAAGCGGAAGGCUCGUGGAAGAGAAUCCAUUACUGAGUAGAUCAAUGCAAGGAACAGCGAAUAAAGUGCGAUGAGCGGAGGCGGUGGUUUCAGAGGCAGAGGCUUCCCGUUGAGGGGGAAUCGUCGGCAGGGAGCGGAUCGCCAUGAUUCUCGAGGUGGACACGUCAGACCGCCGGGGCCAAACGGCGGAAGAGCUGGAUUUCACAGCAUCGGCUCGAGACCAAAUGUGCAAUCGGAUGGAACGAAUCAACAGGGGGGAGUUGGAAAAUUUCGCGGGGACGGAAUCGGCGGGCAGAAUAGAAAAAAUUUCAAUUUACCACGAGGCCCGCCCAUGCAUCAGUCUCAAAUACCUGACAACGGUUGGGCCCCGAUGCCCGGUAAUAAUUGGUCAGGCAACAACUGGUCGGACAAUAACAUGGGGAACAAUUGGCCGGACAAUAACAUGGGAAACAACUGGUCCGACAAUAAUUUGGGAAACAAUUGGAUGGACAAUAAUUCUCGAAACAAUUGGUCGGGCCCAGGCAAUCCAGGAAAUAAUUGGUCACCUCGCGGAGUCGGGCCCUCACCGGGGCGAGGUUUUCGACGACCUUGGGGCGGCGGCUGUCCGACGCGCUUCAACGGGCCACGGAUGCCACCCUUCUAUCGGCCACCCUUCGGAUUUCAACCUCCCAUCGGAACGAAUUAUUUGCCGCCUCCCAUGAAAGACUUUCCCCCCGUUGCCGAGACCGAGCCUCAGAACAGCCCGAAAGCUCCGAAUUUUUCCCAAAAAGCUCCGCCACCGAAGAAGCCCGAGAAACAAAUCGCUCAUCCCGGAUCCGAGGAGGAACGCCUGCAAAAGAUAAGCGAAGCUGCCGAUAAGUUGAAGCGUACGUUGUCGACGAUCAAAAAGGGGGAAAACUCAACGGAGGAGACUUGGAACCCCGAGGAUGACGUCGACACGUUUGGUCUUACCAGCCAGCAAGAUACAGAUCACGAGCCUCGGAUGGCCAAUCGUGGAAUUCCCGAGUUGAAGCACGAUCCGCCCGAACUGAAUUUGACGCUCAACGAUUUGCGCGACAUUGGAAGAGUCGAUCACGAUCAUGCGUCGAGAGGUGCGAAAACCGGCAACGACGCGGGCCCCGAUGUCGACGAGUCCGAAGUCGAGAUACUCGAGCACAAUCCCGUUAAGCGAGUUCCCGAGGCUACCAUCGACAUUGAUCUAUGUCCCGAAGACAACCCCGAUGAUUCGACGACGAACCUCGUGGUGCAAACGAACGAAAGUACCGAGGCGUUUCAGCACCCUACCGAACCAACGAUCCAUCCUCUUCUCGACGAUACGUCGAAAAUUCCUGACGAAAUUUCCCCGACUUUGGAGAGAGACGAUUAUAAUUGUGACCAAGAGACGACACCAACGGAAAACGUCAACGCGCAAGAGGACGACGAGGACCAAAUGCCACGGGAUUCUGCCCCAGAUAAUCAGGAAACUUGUCUCGCCGACGAUACUCAAAAUCCCAAUUUGGAGGACGAAACCUCAAUCGAUGCCGCGAGCACGAAAGACGAAGAGAAAGCAAAAACGGUGGACGAGCAUUCUCAUGAAAAUUAUGAAGCGGAAGGGCCGUCGAGCGAGGACCUUUUGGUUGUUCGAGACACGGCCGCAGAAACAACGAACGUCGAGGAACGUUUUGACGAGCAAGAAAUCACUUUCUCCGCAUUUCUCGAAAAGGAACGAAUCGACGAUGAGACUAUUGAAAUGUGUGAAAAUAGGACGAACUCUUUGGACGCGAUUGACGAACCGACACCGUCGACGAUGGAAAAAACUGACGAUCGGAGUAAAACAGAGGAAAUCGAAGAGCUCGGAGCAGCCUCGGAAACAACAGUUCCGAGAGAAAGUGACUCGACGCAAGAAUCGAGGGAGGAGGUCACGAGUAUUUAUCUGGAAAGACGUGAAAAGGAUGCUGCGAUUCAAGAAGAAUCCGUCAGAACCACUCCAGUUGAAAAGCCAGCGGAGAUUCCCGAAGGAGCGACGAGCGAGGGCGACAGAGUCGCGCCAUCGGAUGACUCGAGCCAAAACAAUGUUAUUGAAUCUCGCACAGAAUCGACUCGAAGCAAGGCAAAGAUUCUCAUCGACUCGUCCGCGGAUGCGAGGCCACCCGAGGUGAGCGAGAACAGCAGUUGUUGCGAGAGCGUCCUGGCGGAUGCGAGAGCGGAGGAGCGGCGCAACGAAGCGAAGGAGAUACCGAGCAGCCCCGGAGCCGUGCGGAAAAACGAAGUUAAGCUAGCCACGGAUAAGAGGCUGAUCGAUAGAAACGCUUACAGAAUAUCGAAGACCCUCGGGUCCUCGAGCUCGAACAGAGAGCACCGAGGUAGCACGGAGAGCAAGCCGAGUAUCGAUAAAAAUGUGGAUUCGCAGGAGAGGCUCAGAGAAAAGGGCACCUCGAAGGCCCAAGAGAGCGCGCGGAAGGACGCUGAAGAAGGUGAAGAGGAUAAAUCGAAGAACGGCGGGAAGAGCGAGAGAAGAAGGCUCGUGAGACCGGGACACGGUGGUUCGUCAUUGAAGAAUCGCGAAUCCACGGUGAACGCGACGUUCAGAGAUCGGAGCGAUCGUCAGUCGUCGCCGGUGGACGACGGAGUAUCACCGAAUCCAACGUGUCGCAACGCCCCGCAGGAUCAAUCGUCGACGUCAGGUUCGAGCUGCGCUCAACGCCCGAACGAGGAGGUUCCGCCCGGGCCGUCGAAGCCAAGCCGGAGCGAGCGAGGACAAACUGCGAAUGUGUCGGGAUCGAGGGAAGAUCCCGUGGAGUCCGUGCUGCCGCCGGCUUUCGAUCCCCGUUUGUCCUCGCACGAGCGCUCCGUCAUAAUAUCAUCGGCGAUCCCGAUCAAGCAGGACUUCGCAAUGUCAGCGGGUUAUCCGCCGUGUACGAUGUCGAACUUGGUGGCGAGCGUGCCAACGAUGAAUUACGCGGUUCCCGUCGGAGUGCCGCCGCCCCUACAAAUACCGCCGCCGCCGGCGUUGGCGAGCACCGGCGUCGCACCCGUCAUGACGACGCCGAUCGAAGUCGCGAGUAAUAUUCCCCAGAUUUGCAUGCCCCCGGAGCACCCGUUCGUACCGAUUUUGCCACUGCCCGCUCCGCCGAUCGGGCUGCCCAGCGAGCUCAUGCUCCAACCGCCUUUGCCCAUCGAAGCGCCGCCGCCGCCGCCGCCACCGCUCGCCAAGCCGACUAUCAAUAUGGAAGCCGAACUCGAGGAUAUGCAAGAAGCGAUGGAAUUCGCGAAGCAACUGAUGAACAUGAACGACGACAGCGUCGAGUCGCCCUCGAGCGACGUUAUCGACGCUGACAUUUCCGACGAAUGCGAUUUCUUUCACAUGCCAACCUUCCCGGAUCUUCCUCCCAUAGAACUGCCGCCGAGCCCGCCCUUCCAAACCGUCGGCCUCGAGCCCGCGAAGAGAAACGACGACGAUCUCAGCACCGCUCGCGAGCCUUCACCCCCCCUGCACAAACAAACCCGUGAAAAUGUUGCUCGAAACAAAAACACGAGCGGGGACAGCGCCGCUCCGACUGAAGAACAAUUGCGGCCGAAGGUUGUCUUCAAUUUGAACGCGAAAUCGAAGAUGAUCGGGAAGCACGAGGAAUGGCAGCAGCGGAACCAACCGGACGAGGAGGCGCCCGUCUCCUCGCUUCCUGCCCCUCCAGCCCCCUCGAAAUCGGGCGUUAUCGAAAUACCGGAUAUUCGUAAAAACAAAACGACGCCGAAGGAAAAAUCCAAGUCGACGAACGGACGAGCGGAGGAACGCAGCAGCAGCAGCAGCAGCAGAGCCGAUGGGAAAGCGGAAUCCGCCAAGAACAACGGUAAAAUCGAUACUCUUGUCUGCUCGCCGCGAAACAAGACGAGUCUGGAAGAGGCGAAACCGCUCUCGCCGACGCCAGCGAAAUCCAGGAUGAUGCAGGCUAAAAGUAGCAAGCGCGAGGAGGACUCGGCGAAGAAUCACCGAGCGAUUAAGAGCGAGGCGUCGAUACGGUCGUCCAAAGAAACACCGGGCAAAGGCUCGAGCGAGGAUCUUCAGACUCCGGAGUCGUCGUGGAAGCGUCGCGUGAUCGGGAGAUUUUUGAAAAUGAGUAAAAACGACAUUGGGAACAUGCUGAAUAACGCGAGCCUCCGGAAAUUCGACAUCGCGAUGAAGCAUCUCGUGAAAGAACGGCGUUCCUCGUUGUCCCUCGAGAUGAGGAACAACGAGGAAGAGAGAAUGAGGGACGCCGAGGAGCGGUGCUACGAUCGCGAAGAAUUUAUGGACCAAUUGAGCGCCAUGCUGGACCCGAGCGCGACCGUUGACGUGUGCAACCUCCCGACUCAAUUCAUCCAACAUUUGAGCCAAGUUUUGCACCUCGACGCGAUGUCGGAAAGCGAGUCAUCUCAAACCGUCUCCAAUAAAAUAGUCGCUCCCGUUUCGUCGCCCGCCCCGGAGGAGCCUCGCAAGCAAUCGGCCUCCCGAGAGACGACGAGAGCCGAGAACAACGUGGCCCACGAGCAGGUUCAUCGUGAGAGAAAAGGGCGGCGAAGGGAGAAACACGCGAACGUCGAAGAAGAGGCCGCGACUGCGACGACGACGACGACGACGACGACGACGACGACGACGACGGAGGCCUCGAGCACGGACAAAGUUGUACGAACGAUCGAGAAAAAAUCGGGGACCGAAUUCCCGAAGACGGCGAAGGUUCGCUCGGAAAAUCUGGAGAAUCGUUCAGCAGUCGUCCCGAAACUGAAGCGUCGUCGGGUCCGCGUAACGGGCAACGACGGACAAGCCGCGACGUUGAACAACGGGCGGGCCUUCGUCGAGGACAAUUCGAGCUCGUUGAACAUGGCGGAUCUCGACGAUAUUUUCUCAGCCGGUAUAGCACGAGCGAAGAAAAAAUCGCACCAUUCGGCAGCGCUCGUCAAGACGGGCAAGCAGAGCGAGGAGGAAGCUCCGAGUGCGGGGAAACAAAUCGUCCCCCCGGUCGGCAGCGCUGAUCCGAGCGUCGACCGAGUCGAGAGGGCGGCGGUUGAACUCGACGAAAUAUUCACCGCCGGUAUAGCCAGGGCGAAGUUGGCAUCGAAAAAGGUGGUCGAGAUGGCUCCCGCGAAGCCCGCGGAAGAGACCGCCGAGGAGAGGAACGACAAGGAGCAGCCGGAGAAGGACGCCGGCGAGGAGGGGAACGAGCGAGGCUGGAACCUAGGAAAUUUGAGCACGAGCGUUGACCGCUCGCGAUCCUCGUCGUCUGGCAAAAAAACGACGUCGAAAAACGAGAAAUGGAGCCGGCAGAUACACCAGGAGGAACCCGUCGCCUUUCGCAAUUUGACGAAGGAAGAAUGGGAGGCGAAGUACAGCGAGCCGUCUUACUCGACUUAUCAGCGCGAAUACUGGGCGAUGGAGGCUCUGAGGGAAAAGCGAUUUCAUCCGAGUCCGUUGUCCGGCACGAAGCCGGAUUACAACGCGUUCGACAUAAACGAUCUCGAGAGUAUCAAGGCGCGCUUGGGCGAGUCGGUAAACGAGAUGGCCGAGGCUCACGAGAAUUGGAACGGAAGCGAGGAUCUCCCGCGAAUUCGCAACAUCGACGAGCCGAUGAAUUACACGCUCGAGUUCAACCAGAGCGAGGACGGCUCCUCGAGCACGUCCUCGUCCUCGACGAGCACAUCGAGCAACACGAGCGACGACGAGGAGGACGACGAGGCUCCGCCGUCGGUCACGCAGCUGCUGAAGGUCAUAAAGGAGCGCGAAAAAAUAGCGAAGCAGAAGAGCUUCAACGAGGAAAUAAGGGACGAGGUGACCGCUGAGAUCGAGCGUAAGAAGCGCGAGCGAGAAAAGGUCCGCAAGCGGCACAGAACGCGGGCGAAAAAGAGCAGCCAUCACCGUCGCAAGAAAGAGAAGAGGGGCAAAGUCCGCGAGCGAAAGAAACGCGAGCGCAAGCGCAGCAAAAAGCAGCGCAAGUCUCGGCGCAGCGAGGACGACGCGAGGGAAAGCACGAGCGAAAACGAGGAGGCCGACGAGGAGCGCGCGUCCUCGAGCUCUCGCGGCGACGCCGCUGAUCGUCGCCGCCGUCGUCACCGUCGCCGUCGUCACCAUCGGCAUCAUCAGAGGAUCGAGGAUCAGCAUCCCCAGCUAGUCGAACGUUUGCUCAACGAAGACGAAAUAAAGAAAGAAGUCGUCGUCAAGGAAGAGCCCGACCCGGAGCUUCCCGGGUCCCGGGAAAAGGCACCCGCGCGGACUGAGACGAGCGUCAAACCCGUCGAGGAUCCACGGCCCGCCUCGACAGCCUCCUCCUCCUCGACCUCCGUACCUUCGAACGGCCCGCCUGCCGCCGCGAGCACCGCUCAAACGAUCCCUCUUCAACAAACAAAAACGAAAGCUCAACUCAAACAAAUGCCGCUCGAAAUUCCGAAAAAGCUGCUCGUGACAGCCGAGACAAAUGUCACUUGCGAGGAGACAGUCAAGCAUCGGCUUUCCCGGCUCGGCGACGAAGCGCGAGAAAACACAGCGAAAUAUACCGCACCCGUGGCCCCUGAAAUUCGAAGCGUUCCCGACGAAUCGAACGAUCCAACGACGAGCACGACGGGCACGACGAGCGCCCCGCCACCCGCGACCCCGAGCCCCGCCUCGAUAGAACCGCCCGCCAACCCCGGCGACGAUUCCCCCCUCAAAAUAAGCAGCAAUUCUAAGAAACUCGACAUUAAAACUUACAAGGAACGCGCCCGGCAACGGCAGCUCAAACAGACCGAAAAUCUUCGCCUUUUGAGCGAAAAUCCAAGCACCUUGACGCAGAAUCUCUUGAAGAUACCGCUCAUCCGGAAAAAAGAGGAAGCGACCGAAGCGAGCGCUGCUUCCCAAGCAUCAUCGAAGGAUCCGAGGCUGAGGAAACUCGAGGAAAACGUCAACGCCGCACCGAGCCCCGAUCAGAAGCCCGCCGAUUCCGCCAAGACUCCGAUCCAAGCGGCCUCCCCCGCAACCUCCGAGACAGCCAAGAGUUCCGUGUCGGCCGGUAAUAUCGAGGAAAAUCCUCCGCCGAGUGCCCCCUUCAGAAUAAAAAUAACGAGAACGAAUUUCACGAGCGGUCGGACGAACAAAGCAUCGCGAGCGCUUGCCGCCACCGAGGCUCAAGACCUGAGCGUCGACGCUGGCAAGUUCGCUCACAUCAAAUCCGAAGGUAAAAAAGAAUUGAAGCUCCGGGAAAAGUUGAAGAGGACACGCCCUCGGACGAGCAGUACCGAAGCUCCCCGGACCGGCGGCUCGGCGCUUGUUCCGCCGACGAAAUUAAAACGACGGAGAAGUCUUGUCACCGGGGAAACAAGCGUUCCGCUCGCGCAAAUGAAAAGCAACCGAGUGCCUUCGUCCUCUAAAUUGGACAGCGUUAGUACUUGCGAUAAUUUCGGAACUCUCGAGAGUACUAAAAACGCGAACGACGCAACGAGUGCCCCUGACGGCGAAGCGUCGGGCGCGGUUGAAAAUCGAAAUUGUGAGGAAAGUCCGAAGGAUCCUGCGGCAGCGAGCGGCUUGGAGAGCUCCUCGGACCCGGGACAAAGGGCGGCCUCGGGCGAGCCCAAAGUUUCGGAAAAACUUGACAAUUUGUGCGCGACCGAUGCGCUCGUUUCUUCGCCUUUGAAAAAUCAUUCCAAGAGCAGCCUCGAAGCAACGGCGAUCUCGGAGGCUUUGGCGGGAGCGGAGCCCGCGACGGGCACGCGCACUCCUACGAGUUUCGAGGGGACAGAAUCAUCGGGAAAUUCAAAAAGUACGGAAGAAAUCCCGGACGAUUCUGCGCAGAGCCAAAAUGUGAUUAAAUCUUCAGAUAAUUCCACGAGCACGGAUCCUUCGAGUUCGGAGAACUCGAAAAAUCCGAACGUCCCUGCUCAGCGAGACGAUCCCGAGGUUCCAGCGACCGAGGGGGGCGUCAACAUUUUUGAGAUGCUGGAGGCUCGAAAGAGUUGGGACAACGUUCAAGAUUUCGAGGCGAAGGAGUUUCCGGAGAGUUUCGAUGUUCCGGGGAUCGAAGAGAUUUCAGUGGCGCUAGGAGGAGCUGAAAAUUCGGGCGUUCCCGAAGAGGCCGAAGCUCCGGGAGCUCCAUCGGACGAGGGCAAACGUGCCGCUUCCGUUCCGCCGUCUCUGCUGGAAGCGCCAGCGAGUCUUUCGGACAUUACGAAACCAACGGCGGAGGAAAGAAAAGCGUCGGACUCGUCGGGAGAGCUUUUGAAAAGCGUCGAAUCGCCGGAAUGCGGGAUUCGAGGUCGCUCACCGGGGCCGGAAGAGCUCGAGAAGAGCGAGCAAAUGUUAACCGGAAGCGAAUUGAUGCCGCUGGAGAUGCCGAUCGAAGAGUUGCCGGUUUGGUCCCUGGACGCUCCCGCGAUUACCAGCAAUAUUCCAGAUUCGCACGAGUACUCGAACGACAGCAUUCCGUUCAAAGGCUUCGCGGAGGAGACGAUAUUGCGGCGCGACCGAGUGCUGACGGAAGCCGAGAUAACCGAGGACGCCGAGUUGAAUACUUUCGAGAGCGUGCCCUUGAACUUCGUGGGUGAAACCGCGACGAGUGCAGCGGACAACAUCGGCCUGGACGGGAUCGGGAACGCCGAGGAAAGCCUCGACGGUCUUCCACUGCCGUACGGCGAGGAGUUCACCAACGCUCAAGACGAAAUCGAGACGAGUUUGCCGGACCCGUUGGGCCAUUCGAUCUACACAGUGGCGGGUGAAAUCGUCGAUGCCCCGGUGAUGACGAUGCCGCUUGACCCGUUGCAGACUUUUUCCGCCGUGGAGGCUCCCGAGAAAGAGUCUGACUCGAAGGAGGAAUUGAUCGAAAUGGUGAGAAGCGUCGAUGGCUCGAGUUUGCCCGUCGAAAAUUUGUCGAGCAUCGACGACUUUCGCGUCGAAAUAGCAAACACCCGGGAAACCGUGCCAUCUCCGAUUCUCGUUGUCGAAGCUCCGAUCGAAUCGAAGGACUCGAGUGUCCCGGAGUCGACGAAAAACCCGUGCGACGACGCGGCCGUGCCGGAGCCGAGCGAGGUGAGAGCUCUGCCCGAAGACUCAUUGACCAACAAGAGCGAAGGGGAGCUGCCGACGACAGAGACCGAGCCUCGAGUACCAGCGGCAGCGGAAACGGAAGCUCCGAGCGCCGACGCGAAUCUCGUCCCCCCACCGGGAAACGAUCGCUGCAACGAGAUAAGAUCCGAUUCGGGUGCGUCGAACGAUAAUUAUUUCGUCGACAGUUGCUGCGAAGCUGCUAGCGGCACCGCCGAGUCGAGAAAUCAAACCGGCGAUAUCGAAUCUCCGUCGAAAGUCUGCGACGCGAAGGACGAGUGCAACGGGACGGCGGAGAGGAGAGAGACGAGCAAGGAGAAACACGACGCGGAUCCAAAGUCGAAAGAUUCGUCGUCGUCGCACCAUUCGAGGGAACACGCUCACGGCAAAGUGAAGAAAAAAUCGAGUCGGAAUCAUGCCUCGAAAUCUAGUAAAAAGAGCGCGCUCACAGAGAAAAUUGUCGAGGAGGCGGUUGCGGCGAACGUCGUGAAACUCGUGCCAAAAGCUAAUUCGAGACAGUCCGUUAUGGCUAGAAUGAUGGAGAUCGAUGUCGAAAUUCAUAAACUUAUGAACGAAAAAAUGACUCUUUACAAGAUGCUCGAAAGCGGCGAGUUCCCGAGUGCCGAGAGUGGCCAAGACUCCGCGGAAAAAACGAGCGGCCAGACUAAAAUAACGAGCGAGAAAGCCAAGGAGAUGAUGGAAGCUGUGAGAGCCGGCUUCUCCGCGCCCUCCGCCUCCAAAAUGAGCGAGGAAAGCGCGAAGAAGCCGGAGGCGAAGUCUUCGAGUUCGGAGAUGCCAGAUAAAUCGAAGAAACGGAAAAAGAGUCCUCAUCGGGAGUCGAAGCACCGCUCCGGGGAAAGAGACUCCGCCGAGCCGCGCCGGGAGAGAAAGAUUUCAGAAAGCAAAAGUCUGACCAGCUCCCGAGAGAAGAGCGCAUCGUUGACGGAUCUCGAGGACGCGGAGGAGAAACGCCGUAAAAGGGACAAAUCUCCGACUCGCCAAGCGACGAAGAACCCGAGCAAAGUUCAACAUCCGAGCAGAGAGGAUGCCGCGGACGUUUCGCGGGAGAAAACCGGAGCGAAGCACGAUCCGGCGAAGCGGGAGAAGACGAAGAAAACGCCGAAACCUCUGACGGAGUCAAAGAAGUUGGAGGGCUCAUUGAGAAAAUCGAAAAAUCGCGAGGCCAAAUCGAGCCCCGAGAAAAUAAAAACUAACCGUACCGAUCAUAUUUAUUCGGACGAGAGUAGUUUUGAGUUGCAGGAAUCGAACGAGCCGGCGAAGAGUAGUCAGGAGUCAUCGGACAGGAGAGAGCACAUCGGAGCUCCCACGGGAUUGGCGCUCCUCGAAAAGUCUCUCCAGCGCGAAAUGGCUCACCACCGGAAAUCGAAGCACCUGGAAAAACGGAAAAAAAAGAAGGAGGAAUUGAGACGAGCCCUGCUGAGUUCGACGGUCCUGACGGCGAGCGAGGCUAAAACGGGUUUGCUCAAUUUGUUCCAACGUAAAAAAUUGAAAAAUAAAGAGAACGCGCUGUCUCCGGAGGCGAAGGACAAAGCGAAGAGCACUAAUCCCGGCAAAGCGUCGAAGCACCUGUCGACCAUCAUCGACGCAGUGGCAACUAAUCGCGUUCAAGAACUUUACACCGAAGAUUCUCAAGGAUCUCCGGCGGGCGAUGCGGCUGAAAAAAACACAGCGAUGCGGGACGACGGGCCGAUCGGGGGCGAAGAAAAUGAUGAAAGCCUCGCCGACGCGGCGAGGGAUCCCGAUAGAGGCGAGAUGAAAGAGGAGGAGAGAGAAGUCGAAGAGAAGCAAGUCGUUUCGAGGUCACCGGAUCACUCGACCAACGAACUUCAACCUACGGAAGAAAUGGAAAAAGCGAUAAAACUUUUGAAAGAUUCACCCUCCGAGAAAAAUGUGAUCGAGGAGUCGCGCGAGGAGGAGGAGGAGCAGGAGGAAGCCUCCGAUCACGAGGAAUCUCACGGUCCCAAGGAAUUGCCUUUGAAAACGGAAAUUCUCGAUAUUCCAAAGACGCCGGAUAUCGAAGAAAAUACGAGGCCGAGGCUCGUCUCUCCGGACGCCGGAGAGGAGGAUACCGCCAAGUCAGAAAUAACGGGGAAGGAGAUUGCGGUGGAAGCGUCGAGCACGGAAUUGAAAGUGGAAAGAGAGAACGACGAGGAGCUUGAAACGAAGGUCGCGGAUCGACCUCGAUCCGUAACGCCGGAAUACCCGGAGCCGUUGGCACCGGAUUCAGGGGAGACCGGGAAUCGCGACGGCGAGGUUCCCCCGGAGCUUCCGGACGCGGGCCCGGUCGGCGAAGCCCAGGAGGAAGAAAAGCGGCGAGCGGUGAAGAUCGCGGCAACGGAAACGAGAGAAAGGUACGAUUCGUCCUCGGAGGACGGGGAGGAGAGCGUUCCCCGGAGCAGGAGUCGCGCGAAUUCCCGGCGCACGAAACGCCGAGGAAAGUCUCGAAGUGGAACGAGGAAGGAGAGGCGACCUCAGCACAAGGACGCUCGGAACUCCCCACCGAGACAGGAAUACCUCAGCGACGAGGAAGACCACCGCGAGGACGUUGCGCUGAGGAGACCAAGAUCGGCGAGCAGCCGGAACGCGAACAAACAUCGAGAAAAAGCCGCUCCCCCGUCGAGCCGUCGGGGCUCGAGACAGUCCGAGGAGAACAACGUAAAGAGCACGAGGGGCCGAAAACGCGAACACGAACGUUCCAAUUCUCGUGGCUUGUCCCCGUACGACGGGGAACCCUCGAAAAAACGAUCUCACUCGCAUCGAUCCGUCACUCCUACCCUACUGUCCGCGGUCGCCGAUCACCAAGCCAAGAGGAAAGGUAAAAAACGUAAACGCCGUCAGGAUAUGUCGAUCGAAGAAAUGAUGAGCUGCAAGGUCGAACUGAUCGACUGUAAGUACACUUACCUCAGUCCAACGAUGCACCCGAAAAUCCUCAAAAAACUUGGCAUAGCGAGGAUCAAUCGUAGCGUUCCACCGAAUCCAUCCCCCGAAAAUUUGUCACCACCGGUUCUCGCGAGGAACGAGACACCCUCGCCGCCCGUCUUGAGCAAGGCUUUCCAAGUGGACCAUUCGAGGAAGGAGAUGGACGACCUCACGGAAAAAGUUGACGCGUCGCAGCACCUCGAGAAGAGCGAAGUUCAAAUUGUUGAAGAAGAAAGGAUGGAAGACGACGGAGAAGAACAACGACCAGAAGAAGAAGAAGAAGAAAAAGAAGAAGCAGCGGCAGCAGCAGCAGCAGCAGCACGAGAACAACGAGCGAGAACACCAUCGCCCGUCGAGUGUCAAAUCGUCAAGGAAAAUGUCGACGACGACGAGGACGAGGACGACGACGACGACGAUAACAUUCAGAUCGUCAAAGUCCUCGAUGAAAAUAUACCCAUCACUCCACAAGGCAUUGAGGAGGACGACGACGACGGCGAAUGUUUGAAAGACGUGGAGCAAGAUCACCGCACUCGAAUCGACGAUGACGGUGGCAACAGGCCUGAGUUGAUAGCCGUCGAGGAAGACUACGAUACGGCGGAAGAGUACGAAGUUAUCGACGAGGUGACCGACGAACACGAGGACGAGCCCGAGGCUACUCACGCCGAGGUGCUGGUGAUCGAACCCACGGAAAAUGGAUCACCGCCCGUGACAGAAGAUACUACUGAAUCCCCGCAACUUCUUCAAUCUGAAAAUAGUGAUGACGAGAAUGAAUCGAGAAGAACGAGAUAUACCGUUCACAAAGGUCCUAUUCUCGACAUAAAGGUGCUGGAAGAUUCGUUUCUUGCGGCUAGUGAGGACGGAUCAAUUUAUAGAUACAGCCAAACGUCCAAUGGUAUAUUGAACAUUUACAAGGGACACGAGGCUGCGGUGACCUGUAUCUACGUACUCGAGAUGCCUGGAAAACGUUGGACCCUCUACUCCGGCUCGUUGGAUGGAACUUUUCGAUGUUAUGAUAUAACGACCGGUAGUCAAGAUCGAUUGGCCAACGUUGGAAGUCCUGUUCAGUGUAUGGAUCAAGGAUGGGGAACAAUCUACAUCGGAACUAAAUCAGGACACAUUUCUCGUUACAAUAUCAAGGCUGGUUGUUUGAAAGGCGAUAGGCUGGAAUUCUCCGACAAAUCUGUACUCGCUCUGAAAGCAUCCGUCGAGGGUCCAAGAAGAGUUUUAAUCGUUGCAUCGAGGAAUCAACCGAUUACGAUAAGGGACGCAAAUACCGGUCUGUUUCUACGCACUGUUUGUGGCUACAAAAAUCAUACGGUGUACAGCCUAAUGAGGGAUCGUAAUCUUGUUUAUUGCGGGACGAGCAGUACAUCCAUUCCCGUAUACGACUUUACAAAUGGUGAACAAAUAACGCAGUACAAUGCUGGUGUUGGUAUCGUUUGUAUGCGACUCUAUCGACAAAUACUUUUCGCUGGUUGUUACGACGGAAAUAUCUACGUAUUUGAUACCCUGGAAUCGAAAUUGUUGUGCAGUAUUCCUGGACCAGGCAAUAUGUUGCUCAGUAUGGAAGUUGUAAAUGAUGACAUAAUAGCGGGAAGCAAAAAUCGUCAAUUACACUCGUGGCGUAUGCCAAAGAAAGUACGUGCCCUGUUGGCCGAAAGGACGUAACAGAGAUAAUCCCUACAAGACGCUUGAGAAAGAUUUCUAGUCAACACGUUUGAAGGAUGUUCGCCGAUUCUCCUUUCGUCGGAGAUUCAUCGAUAAAACAAAAUGAAGAAUAUGAUCCGAGUGGAAGUAUGUAUAUCGAUGGACGAGAAAAGACGGAUAAAAAUUGUAUCAUAGAUUAUAAAUAUGCACAUAAUCGCGUAGAAAAAAAAUGUACAAAUGAAAGCAAACGAAAAAUAAGGAAAAUCGACAUGAAAAACAAGAAAGAGUCGUGCAGGACAAAGUGCACUUGUAUUAGCGUAAAAGACGUUUUUCCUUUUUUUUUUUUAUGUGUACAGUUUGUAGGAUAUUAUACACACUGGUGCCAGUGCGUAUAGAAAAAAGGAAAUUUAAUUGUCAAUCUCGUUCUCUUUCGAUUCACUGUGAGGAAUGGAAGAGACGAUGAGUCUUUGUCGGUCCGAACCAAAUGCAUUGUUUAUAAAAUGAAUUAUAAAGUUAAUUUUAAACAAAGACAUAUAAGGGAUAAAAUAUAUUCGAAGACUAUUUGGUACAACAAGUGCCAAUAAACACUGAUCGUUGCGGUGUACGAUCGAAAUCUACCAUAGUCAGAAAAAUCGAAGUAACAUUUUUGUUAUCGAGAUCACGCGAAUUUUUUUAAGUAGUGGUUAGCCAACGUAAUAAAAACAAAUGUUGUUCUCUAUUAA